AUCUGAUCCACGGCUCAUUUCCACAGUGAGAAACUGAUCCUGCACAGCUCUGCACUGACCAAAGGAGAUGCGCGGCCUGCUGACGACUCAGAGCCAGAACUGCUACAGCGAGCAGAUCCAGAAGGAGAUGCUGACUCGUUUAGCCUGGAAGAGCCGCUACGCCAAACUCUACCCAUCCAGCUACCAUCCCGGAAACAGCAGCGGGGAGCCCACACAGCUGCCUCAGCUGCCUGCUGAGCCUCAGGCUGUUGUGCCUCUUGUUACCAGGACAACCGAGAAGCAGAGCGACCUUCUUCCUCCUCCUCCUCCUCCUCCUCCUGUGCGCUCUGUGGGAGGUGAACAGCGGCUCAGCGUGCCUCCUCUGAUGAGGCCGGCUUCUCCCCACACCAGAAGGACUCUGUAUCAGGACUCCUCUCACCAUGGAAAGGGGAGGAGUCUGUACCUGCAGAGACGCGGCCACAUGAAACCUGAGGAGAAGUUUAACUUUCCCCUGCUCUCCUCCUGGGAGUACGGCUGGAGGCUCGGUGACUACACGCUGGAUUACAGAACUCCGUCCAGCGCCAGGUCAUCUCUGGUGAAGAACACCUUCUACGCCAGGAACGGCGUGUUCAGCCGCCCAACAGCUACCGACACCCUGGGCUGAUCCGAUACAGGGGGCGCGCUUCAAUGAGAGUGAAGCUUUCUUCAUUUUAACAGCCAAUAGUGCCAACAAAUAUAACCCAAAACGAAUCCAUCCAGAAAUCCUGCACUUCCUGUAACACUGUGUGUUUACGACACACAUGCCUGUAGGGUUAAGUGUCUAAUAACCUGAUACCCCGUCAUGGAUAUUUAAUGAGCCGCUUCCCCGGAAAGAGUCCGGAAGAAUCAGCUGACCUUUGUCCACCUGAAACCCGAGUAUCAGGUGUGUUACAGAGAGCCACCAGAGGAAAUGUUACACACCACAAGCUUAGUACUGAUUCCUAAUUAGAUAUAAUUAUUUAAUCUGUUCUGCUCAUUUCCAGAUCAGUAUAACCCUUCUUUAUCUUAUACUGGGCCUUGGUGCAGCCCCUCAGUUCAUCCUCUGUCUGAAACAAUCUGUUUAGCUCCUCCCUAUUUAAGGUAACUUUCUUCUGAUUGGCUACUGCUUAUACAGUGUCUUGGUUUCUUCCUGUUUUGGUCUCUCGUGAGUCUCUCAGUGUGUUUCAUGAGCUCAGUGUGGUUUAUUAUUAAUCAUGUACAUUGUUUGAGCUUAAAAUUAAUAUUUUCUGCAACCUCUGUGCUCACGCUGCUGUAGUUACAUUAAAGUUAUUUCACACAAUCAUAAAAGCUCUUGUGGAGGCAGCAGUGUGAGCAGGGCCGGGUAGAUACCUUUAUUAUCCUUAAAAAAUAAAA